CUUUUCCAUCACAUCAAAACUUUCCUACACACACAAACUUUCAACUUUUCUGUCAUAUCGUUCCAAUUUGAAUCAAACUUCCAAUUUUGGUGUGAACUAAACACAGCCUCUGUCUUGUCUCUCUACUCUCUGAAGUUCAGUUCAGUUCACCGCAUGGAUGUUUCAUGAUCCAUUUGGAACGCGGGUGACUUUUCUUGUUCCUGUGAAAUUCCUGUCGAGUUUAGUAUCCUUCAAAGUUCAAACAAACAGGAAAGAAAAAUAAAAUUGGAGAAAUGUGAACCAACUUUUUUUUUGCGCAUGAUGUAGCAUCUCCAAACAGAAAUGCAAACUUUGCCAAUUUCAGACGGUUGCUGUACCGAACACUUUCAAACUUUUGCCAAUUCAGUGCUCACUCAACGAGCGUAAAGAGUUGCCAAAUUUUUGUACUACUACAUCCCAACCGCGUGCAUGGCACACGGCACGGCCAGCGCCGCCGCCGCCUCUUGAUCUCCGUCUGUUUCUCACGCGGAGGUUCGCCCGUUCGCGCCGUUUCGAGUUAACCGGCGCGCGUUUUCACCGCGAACUACCGCCAGUGAAAUCACGGCCGGUUUAACCUCUACAUAUAUGGCGGCCGCUCUCCCUUCCUACAGCUUCGCCUCCCGUCGCGCUCCGUCGCCUUCAACCUCUGCCAACGUCAGGCGAUCCGGCUCAUCUGGAUCUCUCUGGCUUGCCGGCUAAGGAACACCGGGUGCUAUUUAUCAGGGAGCCCUUCACACCGCAGGGGAAAGUUGCAGCUAUUUUGUCACUGCCCCUUGUUGCAUCUUGCUCCGGCGAUUUGAUUUAGAAUUUUAGGAACUGCAAUUAACCCGUGAUUUUACUCACCAAGAUCGCUUCUUGCCCGGUGCAAAGUUCACCGAUUUCACCAUGAGGAGACACGCAGGGACGAUUAUCCUGUUGUUGAUCUUGGCCUGCCUAUGGCUGUGCCCUGGGAGGAGCAGCGGCUUCUCGUGGAACAUUUUCUCCUCGUCGUCGUCGUCUUCGCCGCCGACGGCCGGCGAGAGCCGCGCCGCCCCGAUGCUGGAGCUGGACGGCGCGGUGGCCGACUUCUUGAUGGACGGGGCCGACGACCCGAGGGCGGUGAAGCUGCUGGAGAACGCGAGGAGCAAGCUCGCCGGGCCGAGCAACUGCUGGCAGGAGGCGUACCGGAGGCUGUUCGCCAGCUGCGGCGACAUCAUGGCCGACAAGGAGAUGCAGUCGCGGCUGGCGUGGCACCUCAGCAGCUGCUUCCAGGAGGACUCCGGCCGCCCCCCGUUCCCUCGCUGCGGCGAGGUCUCCGACAUGGUGCACUGCCGCAAGAGGCUCGGCGUCUCCGAGGACCAGGUGUUCCUCGAGUUCUUCCUCGAGACCAACACCCUGUGCCACCAAUUGCAAGCUGAAGCGUUCAAGCAUAACACGGAGAGGCUUGUCAACGACCUGACAAGGACAUCCAAGUCAGCCGAGGAGAAGCUGGAGGUGAUCGAGGAGAGGUCAGACCAGAUCAUACAAGAAUCACGCAAAGUUCAGGAGACGAUCUCGUCGAUCGAAAUGCAGGCAGAUCAUCUCGCAGAGGCGUCGAAGAAUGUCGGAGACCAGAUCGACGACGUGCUGGCUCACUCCAAGGCCAUCUUUGAGCAGUCCAAGGAGAUUGCAGACUCUCAGGCAAAGCUCAGAGAAGGGCAGACCGAGAUGAGGGAGACGAUCGAUGCCGGCAUGACGCAUAUUCAGGAGUCGUAUGAGAGCCUUGGCAAUGGGAUGGAUAAGCUGAAGGAAGAGGCUGUUGAUAUUCAGAGGGAGAUCAAAACUGUUGGUGAUUCCAUGUCCACCAAGAUGCAGGAUUUGCAGAGCACUGCAAAUGAUAUUGGGAGUGUGGCUGGCAAAUCAUUGGAGAAUCAGAUGCAACUUUUGGAUGGACAGAGCAAGGCCAUGGACGGUCUGAAUAAUCUGUACAGCUUUCAGGCACAAGCUCUUGAGGAAAGCAGGGAGACUGUGCAAAAACUUGCACAGUUUGGCCAGCGUCAGCAGGAAGAGUUAUUGUCCAGGCAGGAAGAAAUCCGGCAAGCUCAUGAACACCUGAUUCAUAAUUCACACUCAAUACUGGAAGCUCAGGAAGAGUUCAGAGCAAAGCAGGCCAACAUUUUUGCUGCUCUGGACAAACUUUACAUCCUCCACAACGCCAUCUUAGCCGAGUCACGUUUCAUCAAGGCGUUCUUCUUCUACUGCUGCAUCGUGUUUCUCAUCUACAUGCUCACAAGCGCGAAGCAAACUUUCAGCAUCAGGGGACAUCUUUACUUUGGCUUGUGCAUCACGCUUCUGCUCGAAAUUGGCCUGAUCAAGCUCGGAGCUGACGACAUCGACAAGCAAUUCUGGGUCAUAUCCAAGGUGUUCCUUGUCAGAUCAGUGUUCCUUGCACUUGCCACCGUUCAGAUGUUGCAUGCCAUAUUCACAUUCAGGGAUUACGAACUACUCAACCAUCACCUGCUCCAGACGCUGGUCGAGAAGGUCCGGGCGCUGGAGGAAACCGCCGCCGCCGGCGAGAAGAUGCUGCCCUACGGCGGCGGCGGCGCGGAGAGCGAGAGGAGCCUGAUGGACUACUCGUGGGUGUUCGACGAGUUGGCCGACGAGGUGGACAGCAAUGCGGAUCCGAGCUACGCCUUGCCGGGGGAUGAGCAGCGGCAGGUGGCGGUGGUCGCUCCUCGCCGGAGGCACUGCGCCUCGCCGGAGGAGGUCGUCGGCGAGAACUCCAUCACGACGUCGGCUGGCCGGAGGUACAACCUGCGGCCACGGAGUAGUUACAGGCAGACGUGAGUUUGGUUGGAGAAUUAACUGGAGAUCGCUUUGUGCGCGUAAUACUGUGAACGUUGUUGUUUCUGGGUUUCCAGUGUGAGUUUGGUUUGGGAGAGGUAAAGUCGUCGUGUACCGUAAUACUUGUACUACGUUUCUGAUUUUACGGGAUGUUGACGAAAUCUACACGAAGUGAUGCUCUUGUUACCGAGCGAUGUUUGUAAAGGUUUGCUCUUGAAAUACUAUGGGUGUGUUUGUUAUUUUUAGAGUAGGUCAGAGACUCAGCUUUUAAUUGAAAGCCGCAUUAUGGGUA